GCAUGAGAAUCCUAAUGUUAAAAUAUGGCAGGAUGAAGUCAGCAAUGAAGACAAUCUCAUUAUAUCCUAUAUGGAAAUAAAAAAGGCAACAAAGAAUGACAGCGGUUUAUAUAGAUGUGGAGUUGAUGCCACCACUACUGGACAUUCAAUCAGUGUUACUGUCACUGGUGUUGACCAGUUGGAAAAUACAACACAUAACUACAACACAAACAGUUUACCAGGUACAAAUGGUCCAGCCCUGGAAUGGCUCCCCUACGUGUUCAUCUGUGGUGGCAUAGUGACCGUUGUCAUGCUGGUGAUGCUCAUCUCCUUCCUGAGUCUUCAUGGAUGCAAACGGUCAUCCCGGUCUCACUCUAUUGAUCCCACAGGACCAUCUCACAAAACCGAACAAAUAGCAGAAGCUCAGUGUCCAACCAGGAGAUCAUCAGCCCGUGUCACCCCCAGCCCCAGCGUCCCGAGGAGGGACAGGAGUCUGCGCUGCCACCCCACACAGAGCCCUGCUCUCUCAAAAGCAGCGGCUUACGACCACCACCACCUCAACGAGACGCAGUCGCUCCACGGCCUUCUCACGCUCCCCAGGGCUCCGCCCACCCAGAGCUCACCCUCCAAUCACAGAUCAGUCCUGCUCACACAGAGCCAGGGCAGCCCAAGGGAUAGAAGGCCCAGCCAGGUGCUGUACGCAGCUUUGGACCACCUGGCUCCACGGGAUGCUCCGAGAACUGUCCCGAAAUUCCAGCCUGAGGAGGAAUUCUCAGAAUACGCUUCUAUUCGCCUCUCAUGAAGCACUUUUGGAUGCCACUCUGCUGGAAUGUCAAAAGACAAAUAACAAAAGUGACAUUAAAAAUGAAUGUUUCCUACUGUUUACAGUCCAUUUAAGUUGAAGACUCGUUAAAGGGAUUUCAGCUGAGAACCUUCCUGGGUCAGUCCAGAGAGACACAAUGUAGACUAUUAUGAGACUGUGGGUUGCUGUUUACUGUACUGUGGUAAUAGAACGUGAUUAAUUCAUAGGUGUGAAAUCCA